CGGGACAAAAUGUAGGACCAGGCUAUUUUUAGCCCCCAUGUCGUGGCAGGUAGAGUUUGGUUUCAUGUAAUCUGUGCCGAUAAAAGAGACACAGUCUACAGGUAACUGUCAGUUGAACCUGCAGCUUUGACCCUCAUCUGUGCACAGAAUAUUGCCUAGAAGAUGCUGUUGUCGGCGACACUGGUGGUGUUGCUGGCCAUCGUCGGGUCGGAGGCUGCUGUCAACCAAACGCAGACGGUACCCCUGCAACUGUCAGAGAAUGCAGGCGCAGACUGGGAGGGACAGUUCUGCUUCCAGCUGGCACAACCCAUUCUGGCCUUCGAGGUCGUCAUCAAGUUCAACGUGGGCAUCAAGAAUGUGAAGAACUGGCUGGGUACCUGGCUGGAGAACGAGCCCUGCUCCCAGGAGUGGAGGCUGGUCAACUCUGACAUCCACGGCCUUCACUCAGUGGGUCAGUUCUGUGUGCGAGUCGCCGGCACCAUGUGCGACACCGCGGACCCCUCUGGCACCGGCACCCUUGUCGACCUCACCGGCGACUCGCAGGUGCCCCCUGUCCCUCCGACUGUUGCUGGCGCCCAGCAGACGAAGUACAACUACGCCGAGGUGCUGCAGAAGUCCAUCCUCUUCUACGAGGCGCAGCGCUCAGGUAAACUACCUGCCAGCAACCGCAUCCCCUGGCGGGGGGACUCGGCUCUACAGGACCGGGGGGACAAGGGCGAGGACCUGACAGGCGGCUGGUAUGAUGCUGGUGACAACGUCAAGUUCAACUUCCCCAUGGCCUUCAGUACCACGAUGUUGUGCUGGAGUCUGCUGGAGUUUAAAGAUGCUUAUGAGAAGGCGGGACAACUGGACUACAUGUAUGACUCCAUCCGCUGGCCCCUCGAGUACUUCAUCAAGUGUCACACCGGCCCUAACGAACUGUAUGUACAGGUGGGAAGUGGAGAACUGGACCACGCUGUGUGGACCAGUCCAGAACGUAUGAACCCCAAGAGACCGGCUUAUAAAAUCGAUGCUUUGCAUCCCGGAAGUGACGUAGCAGAUGAAACGGCAGCAGCCAUGGCCUGUGGAUACCUGGCCUUCAAGGAUAAAGACCCCGCCUUUGCCACCAGUCUGCUGACCCACUCCAAGCAGCUGUACACCUUCGCCAAGACACACCACGGCUUCUACUCCGACAGCGUUGCUGACGCCGCCAACUUCUACAAGUCCUACAACUACACCGACGAACUGGUGUGGGGCGCGGCCUGGAUGUACAAGGCCACAGGUGACGUCAGCUACCUGCGGGACGCCGAGGCCAGGUACCAAUCUUGGCCUGCGUGGGGAUUCUCCUGGGAUGAGAAACAGUUUGGGAACCAGAUUCUGCUGUACGAGUUGACGAGCAAAGACGUGUACAAGCAGGAAAUCAUCUCGACCAUGACGAGCUGGACCAAGGCAGGGGGGAUGACCUACACACCCAAGUGCCUGGCAUGGCGGCUGGAGUGGGGGUCCCUCAGAUACGCAGCAAACCAUGCUGCCAUGGCGCUGGUGGCCGCCAAGAAGGGGCUGAACGCUGACCAGUACCGCCACUGGGCCAUGUGUCAGAUCCACUACAUCCUGGGGGACACGGGCCGCAGCUACGUGGUGGGCUUCGGGGUCAACCCCCCUUCUCGCCCCCACCACCGAGGAGGGUCCUGUCCGCUGUUGCCGGCGCCAUGUAGCUGGGAGGCCCAGCGGUUCAACGGCCCCAACCCGCACGUGCUGUACGGCGCGAUGGUGGGAGGACCUGGCGCCAACGAUGACUAUGAAGAUGAAAGGAUGGACUACACACACAACGAGGUGGCCUGCGACUACAACGCCGGCCUGCAGUUUGCUGCCGCAGCUCUCAUGCAGUUGGCCCUCGACCAUCAGCUACCUGACUCUGCCACCUGCGGCACCUGCUAGUUCGUCAGGGUCCAACGACACGUGCAGGUGACUUCAUAGCAGACUCUACAAAGUAUCUUCACAUUUAUAAACACAUUCAACUUUUGGCCGAAGGAGAAGUCAGCAAGUGUGAAGUAGAAGCUUCACAGCAGACAGACAUUUUGAGAACUCAGACUCAUUAUCACAAAGUAGUGAGUUGUGGUCAGCUGUCGCCCUUCCUAGAAACUUGUAGCAGAUGGCGAUGACUGAAGGUCUUUGUGUACUGAAAAUAUGCUCUGUUCUGUAUCGUCAGGUUGGACAUCAAAUAAAGGUGCAUUUGUCAACAUAA